GGGCGGCUGGAACAAUUACAAAUCUAGUCAACAUUGAAGGACAAAUCAUUUUCUAUCUAGCACAACAUAUGAAUGGCUGCAGCAGCUUUGCAGAGAGGCCUGUGUUUCAGAUCUGACCCGGGAAUGGCUGGCGGAAUGGAGAAACGCUCCAGGAAAAGGCAAGUUCUGUCUUUCUUUCUAUGUCUGUGUGUGUCCUUGGGGGCGUGUGAGACAAUACGUUAUUCUGUACCCGAAGAGAAGAAAAGCGGGUCCCCAGUUGCUAAUAUUGCAAAGGAUUUGAAACUGGAUGUAGGGAAAUUGUCUGGUCGCAGUGCCCGGCUGGUUUCUAAAAGCAGCAAGCAAUAUUGUGAGCUGAACACAAGCUCCGGGGAUGUGAUAAUAAAGAAGAAAAUAGACCGCGAGGAUCUGUGCGGACAGAGAGAUCCCUGUGUGCUGCAAUUCGAAAUUGUGUUGGAAAAUCCACUGCAGCUGUACCGAAUAGAGGUACAGAUCGAAGAUGUAAAUGACAAUUCCCCUAAUUUCUCUAAAAAUGAAUUCGUUUUUAAAAUACCUGAACAGAUCCCCAUAAACACCCGCUUCCCUUUGGAAGGAGCCCAAGAUUCAGAUAUAGGAACAAAUGGCAUCCAGAGCUACGUAAUAAACCCCAAUGAGCAUUUCCGUCUGGAUGUACAAACCCUGGACACUGACGGCACUAAAUACGCGGAGUUGGUGCUAGAGAAACAAUUAGAUCGGGAGGAGCAGGCGCAGUUGAUGCUGAUUCUCACAGCUGCCGAUGGGGGCCUGCCACAGAGAACAGGCACAGCCCGAAUACGCGUUAAUGUGUUGGACAGCAACGAUAACUUCCCACAGUUUAGUCAGUCGGUGUACAAGGUGCAGUUAAUGGAAAAUAGUCCUAAAGGUACUUUGGUCACUAAGGUUGAAGCCAGUGAUUUGGAUCAAGGUUCAAAUGCAGAAAUCACCUAUUCAUUCGGGCAAGUGCCUGACAAAGUGCUCAAGCUAUUCAAAUUAAAUCAGUUAUCUGGAGAAAUUACUGUUUUGGGUAUAAUUGACUAUGAAGAAAGAAGCAAUUAUGAGAUGAACAUCCAAGCCACGGAUGGCGGGGGUUUAUCUGCGCACUGCAAAGUCCUGAUGCAAAUCAAGGACAUGAAUGACAACGACCCAGAAGUGACGCUGACAUCCCUCACCAGCACCAUACCCGAGGACUCGUCCCCUGAGACAGUGGUGGCCCUGUUCAGUGUGAGCGACCGAGACUCCGGGGACAAUGGCAGAACGCUCUGCUCCAUUCAGGACAAUGUCCCAUUUGCUUUAAAAUCGACUCUGAAGGAUUAUUACGAGCUUGUUACACAAAAGCCCCUGGACCGAGAGAAAGUGCCUGAGUAUAACAUAACCAUCACAGCCACAGACCGGGGCACUCCGAGGCUCACCUCCGUUAGGGUCAUCCGAGUUCAGCUAUCGGAUAUUAAUGACAACCCCCCUGUAUUUAAUGAAAGUUCAUACGUCAUGUACCUGAAGGAGAACAACCCCCCUGGCCUGUUGAUUGGAACUGUCCGUGCUGCUGACCUAGACACAGAGCAGAAUGCCAAAGUGACGUAUUCGGCAUUGCCUGGCAACAUCAGUGACCUCCCCUUCUCCUCCUCCAUCUCCAUAAACUCCGAGAACGGGAACGUGUACGCGCUGCAGUCUCUGGAUUAUGAGCAAAGGAGGGAUUUCCAGGUUACAGUGAGAGCUGCAGAUGGCGGGUUCCCGCCACUGAGCUCUGAAGUCAUUGUCCGAGUUGUGAUAAUUGACGAAAAUGACAACGCCCCCUUCAUUUUAUACCCUCUGCAGAACAGCAGCUCCCCCGCUAAUGACCUGGUUCCCAGAUCGGCGGAGGCGGGUUACCUGGUGACGAAGGUGGUGGCUGUGGAUGGAGAUUCCGGUCAGAAUUCUUGGCUUUCCUACCAGCUGCUCAAGGCCACAGACCCAAGUCUCUUCGCUGUGGGGCUCCAAACCGGGGAAGUAAAAACCAGCAGGCCUAUAACGAGCCCGGACUCUGUGAAACAGAAACUUAUCGUCCUGGUUAAAGACAAUGGGGAGCCGGCCAGAUCCACCACCUCGACGCUUAAUGUGCUUCUGGUGGAUGGGUUUUCAGACGCCUACAUGCAGUUACUGGAUGUACCACAAGAGGAGGAGCAGCAGGACACAUUAACCCUGUAUCUAGUCAUUUCUUUAUCUUUCAUUUCAUUCCUUUUCCUAAUUUCUGUGGUAACAGUUAUCGCCAUCCGGCUAUACAAGACAAGGCAAUGCCGAGAGCAGUAUGUUCCAUCGUCCAGGAACUUUUAUAGGGACCGCCAGUUCCCCACAAAUCCUGCGGAGACGAGCGGCACUGGGACUCUGCCUCAAUCUUAUUGUUAUGAGGUUUGCUUGACAACUGGGUCUGGUACCAGCGAAUUUAAAUUUCUCCGGCCGCUGGUACCAUCUCUACCCGCUGACCCCAGCGUUGCAGGAGGGUCCAUUUUUGACUCUCAGAUUAACUCUCAGCAAAAGGAGAAAGAAUGGGUGAGGGAGCUGAACCACAAGGUGGCGAUAUUAGCAAAGACGGUGCUGAAAAUGUAG